AUGGCCAUCGUCGUGGCAGAAGUCCUCAUGACCCAAACUGAUUUCGGAUCCUUCGCUUCGGAUCCUUCACUUCAGUGUGGUCUGGCAGAGUUCGCCCGGGCUGCGGUGCGUCCUCAUCCCCUGGUGCUCUUUGUGAACGGCUCGGAUCAGGGCAUCGACUUGGUCGUGCGUUGCUGUUGCCCCUUCGGCUCGGAGGUGUGGCGGGAACGGGCGAAAAGGGCGUUGGCGGGCGAAGCGGCGGAGGUCAUCAUCCCCUCGCCCACCUUCGCCAUGUUCGAGCAGGCCGCGGAGAGCGAGGGCCUGGUGAUCCGAAGGCCGAACUUCACCAAGGAAGGGGGCUUCCCCUUGGCCGAGGUGCUGGAGAUGGUGAAUUCCAAGACUGCUCUGGUGGUGCUCAGCAAUCCCAACAACCCCACGGGCACGGAGAUCCCUCGCGAGGCUAUCAUCCAAGUGCUGGAGACGGUGAAGUGUGCUGUCUUGGUGGACGAGUGCUACUUCGAGUUCAUGGAUCCCAAGAGCACCGUGGUGGGUGAAGUGGAUCGCUUUCCGAACCUCUUCGUGAGCCGGACCUUCUCAAAGACCUGGGGCAUUCCCAGUUUGCGGCUGGGAUACCUGGUAUCCACCAAGCCCAACGUGGAUGCCUUGACCUGCGUUCGCGGACCCUACGACAUCAACCAGAUUGCCGUGGUAGGCAUCACCGCGGCGUUGAAGCAGCGGCAGUAUGUCUUCGAGUAUGUGCGGGAGGUGAUGGAACCUGGGCCUCGAAAUCGACACAUGUCCGUCUCGGUGAGUCAGAUGCGCCUCUGA